UUCAAUACACCGCUCCACCCCACAGUUGCAGGAAGGUUGCUCUGCUUGUCCCCUGUCUGUCUUUAUGACCCUGCGUGUGCCAGAAAUUAUUAUAAGCUCAAAAUUAUUGGCCAGCUUCGCGUGUACCCCAUUCCUAGUACCUGCACCCCUGUUUCUGUUCCUGUUCCUGUUCUUGUUUCUGUUCUUGUUUCUGUUCCUUUCCUGUUCCUCUCUGUUCCUGGCCAUCGAAUACUAUUCCCCUCAGUUGACCUCUCACAUCUUGCAGCCGCCUCCAAGAUGGCCAGUUUUCAAGACGACAGCUCUCGCUCUGCACACUCCCGGGCAAGGACUUUUUGGUCUAGUUUGGCUUCUGAAUCUUCUACCACACCCUCGUCCUCCCCAGCACCACACAAGGACACAGCCAGCACCGAUGUCUCGAAAAAAGCCGCCACCAAGCGGAUCCGAAUCCCAAUCGCCUGUGUGAACUGCCGCCAUAAAAAGAUAAAGUGCGAUGGCCAGACACCAUGCUCGCACUGCGAAAAAUUCAAGGCAGAAUGCGUCUAUCCAGCAGCGACCAAGCCUGUGAACCACGAAUAUGUCGAGACGCUUGAGAACCGACUGAAGAGUGUUGAAUCCCAUCUGCAAGGCCUCAUAGGCUCUACAUCCAGAGGACAAGGCCAGCGGCACAGCCAUUCCCCAUUGGAACAACCAGAAGCGGAUGCGAUUCCUCCCGCGGAGAGUUCGACUUCAUCAAAAUCCUCCUUUGUCAGCCCUGCUCCGCAUUCUAUUGUAUCCCCCGUUAUACAGCCACAUCUUAAUUCUGGCUACGCGUUUCUUGGCACGUAUUCAGGCGGUUUAACCACUCCUGCAAUCAACACAGCGUAUAUUUUGGAAACAGAUUCGCCCAUGGAUGACCAGACCUUCAAAGUCGAACGCAUCAUGGGCACUCUCAGCCUCCUGAUGGGAAACCUCAAAGUCGACCGCGACGGCACAGCAAGGUUUAUGUCAAACCUUGUGGAACAUCAAGAACGCUCGUACACUGAGAUACGAGCAUACAGGUCAACCGCCGAACCGCCUACCAUGUCUUCCGGCCUUGACUGGGAAAUUGUCGACAAUCCUCGCCCGUACACACUUCCCACACAUUUGCUAUCUCGAAGCGCCAUCGACACAUUGAUCAAUACCUACUUCAACAGUGUCCAUGCUUUCCUGCCGAUUUUGCACAAGUCAAGUUUUCUGACUCUAUGCCAAGGCGGUGAACACCGCGUACCGCCCUUCCUCCUGAUGGCCAUCUGCGCCAUUGCUUCACGCCACUCGACCGAGACCGAGCUGCAAAGUAAAAUUGGGUUCACAAGCUCCCAUCAUGCCCUCUACGACUAUGCGCGGGCCUUGCUUGACAGCUUCAUUGAUAUCCCCAGGAUCAGCACUAUCCAGGGCCUGUUACUCCUUGCCUAUUAUCAGAUCAGGGAACAUCGCGCCGGCCAAUUCUUUCGCGCCCGGACUUAUCUCAACGUGGCAAUCCGUAUGGCAAGGGACAUGGGGCUCGCUCGGGACCUAUACAAAACCAUCGAUGAAAUCGAGUUGGCCCAUACUGACGACAGCGUUUCUACUACAGCCAGCGCCAUCAUUUCCAUGUCGCCAUCGUACCUCACGCUAAGUCAUCGGCAUCAACAACGCGCAGACUCAAGUGCUAGCGCCAGGAGUCUCUGCAGUGGUGGCCGUUCGCAACGAAAGAGGCUGAUAGCGAUCCACCAAGAGCGACGACUAUCUUGGCUGGCAUGCUACUUUUUGGAUGGGCUCUCCAGCAGUUUACUGGGUUUCGAAUACGGCGUGCCACAUGUACAUCCAGAGAUGCGGAAGCUGAUCCGAGAGGCUAACUACGCCACGGACACAACUCAAGGAGCGACUUUGAUCUUCUGGUACCUCCACCUUGAUCUGGUCCAUCUGUAUCGCCGGAUAUGUGACAUGUACCGUCUCUCAACCUCCCAGAGUGAAAGCGUGGCUAUGUCGGCCGUCAUUCAGGGCACGGAGAUGCUCUCAAUCGAACACGCAUUCGAGUCAUGGAUCACCAGGCUGCCCGCCCACCUCGUGUACACUAGGAAAACUCAGCCAGAAGCGAUCCCUCAAGAUCAGGCUGAUAGCAAAGACGCCCUCCUAACUUCGUACUACACGUUAUACCUUCAUCGAUACUACCACAGUGUCAAGCUGCUGCUCCAUCGGCCUCUUAUCGCCUCAAGGGUCCAUCGCGGAAACCUAUCCGAUCCCAAUUCGGCUAUCAGCAAAUGCGUUAACGCUGCCUCGUUGCUGACAGAUAUUGGAGAGACCAUCUUCCAGAAUUACAGCUGGCCAUGGCCGGGUUGUGGUCUAUUCGCCUACCAUAUGCUGCAAGCGAUUGAGAUUCACGUCUACUGUAUGAUCACUCGGACCAGCACUGAGGCCCAGGAUAUGUACCUCCGGACCAUGGACCUGAUUAAAGGAUAUGCUAUUCUUGCUAAGCUGCCAGAAUUGGAGAAGGAUCUGUCGGCGAUGAAUCAGGCAGUUUCGAACCAUAUCCUAAAGGAAUAUCCAAUAGUACCAACACACACGCCAUUAUCGAUCCUGCAGCAACUUCAGCAAAGUCAGCAGCAGCAAGAGCAGGAGCGUUAUCUCUCUGGCAUGAAGACAUCUUUUUCGGGACAGUACUCUCAGCUAAGCUUCAUGACGACAUCGGUAUCGUCUACGACUCCAGUCAGCACCUACCAUACGCAGCAUCAGCUCCACAUCAACCAGUCUCUCUCGCAAGUGCCCCCUGUAGACUUCGCAGGGGCAGCUGAAGAUACGCGUAUGCAAUCGCCUCCAUCCCAGCCCAACACAUCGUUUCCAGCAUUCCCAGUAUCUUGUGCCAGCUCACUGGUAUCCACAGAUAUGCUCCACAUGGCAUCGCCGUCAGAGGCAUUCUCGACAGCGUUCGAAUCCGUUCCAGUAGCAGCGAUGCCGCCACCAAAACCUCCAAAGCGCGUCCACGAUCAAUCUACAGGUAGCACCAAUUCUUCCAGUGUGAGCCACUCCUACAGACCUCCCGUGCCGAAGAAGCCCACUCAACUCGUUGGUAUGGGACCUGGUGCAUCCUUAGCCCCCUUUGCGCACCAUCAGCAUCAACAGGUCUUCAACGAGCAGGGUCAACCAGGGUCGAAUGUUUAUAGUGUCAUACUAUCGCCGCCGCCCACGGACACUCCAUCGUCAGCCCAGGCGUCUCUUCCAACUGUGAGAGUGUCUCGAAGGCCUAUCAAGGUGCUGCAGGCGCAAAAGCAGCUCUAUGGAUGCGACUUGAAAACCCCAUUGGGUCAGGGCGGUGAAGGAGUUGACGAUGCCGAUACCCAUGCGAAAUUCUUCAUGGUUAACUCGGAAAUGAACGAAUAUGUUGCUGAUUACAUGAAAUUGAGCCCUCAUCGACCCCAUGUCUUGUAAGAAUGUCAUCGAGCACCUAUACCCAGUCGUCGCCCUUAUCAAAUUCCCUUAUAUCUCAAGUUGUCCCUGUAACCAUAGUCCCGUAAAUAUUACUAAAGUAAAGUCUUCAAAUACCACAUUU